AUGGAAGAGGAGGAUUACUUGACAGCCGACAACUGGAGCGAAAGGAGACACAAUGCCGGCCAACGCGCUCCCCUGCUGACAGGCAUCGAGGCUCCUGCAGUCACCCUCGCAGAGUCCGACUUUAACCCCCAUGACCUGCUGGAGAGUGCUCGUCCCAAGAGUUCCAUGUCCAGCGCUUUCAUGAACAUGGCAAACAGUAUCAUCGGUGCCGGAAUCAUCGGUCAACCCUACGCUCUCCGUCAAGCCGGUCUGCUCACAGGUGUCAUCCUUCUCAUCCUCUUGACAAUAACCGUUGAUUGGACCAUUCGCUUGAUCGUCACAAACUCGAAGCUCAGCGGUACUAAUUCCUUCCAAGCAACAGUCGAGCAUUGCUACGGAAAGUCCGGCCUUGUUGCCAUCUCCAUUGCUCAGUGGGCUUUUGCUUUUGGUGGUAUGAUCGCCUUUUGUAUCAUUGUAGGAGAUACGAUUCCUCAUGUCAUGUCGGCCCUGUUUCCCUCGUUAGAAGACAGUCAUUUCCUAUGGCUUCUCACAGACAGGAAAUUCGUCAUAGUCGUUUUCAUCAUGGGCAUUUCGUAUCCCUUCUCUCUGUAUAGAGAUAUCUCAAAGCUUGCAAAAGCCAGUUCGCUCGCUCUUUUCAGCAUGCUCAUCAUCGUCGUCACUGUCAUCACACAAGGCCCAAGAGUUCCUGCCGAGAUGAAAGGCCCCAUCAGGGGCUCCCUGAUCAUCAAUAAUGGUGUGUUUCAGGCCAUUGGCGUUAUAUCUUUCGACCACAACAGUCUACUCAUCUACGGAUCGCUACAGAAGCCGACCAUGGACCGCUUUGCAAAAGUUACUCACUACUCGACCAGCAUUUCGAUGCUUGCCUGUCUCGCUAUGGCCCUCUCCGGCUACCUAAACUUUGGCAGCUUGACUCAAGGCAACGUUCUUAACAAUUUUCCCACAGACAACAUUCUUGUCAACAUCGCCAGACUAUGUUUCGGCCUAAACAUGCUCACAACACUACCUCUUGAAGCCUUCGUCUGUCGAGAAGUCAUGAACCUCUACUACUUCUCCCACGAGCCCUUUGAUCCCAAUCGCCAUCUCAUCCUCACAACCGCCUUGGUCAUCUCUGCCAUGGGACUCAGUCUCUUGACCUGCGACCUCGGCAUCGUGUUUGAAUUGGUCGGUGCCACCAGUGCUUGUGCUCUUGCAUACAUCUUACCGCCAUUGUGUUAUGUCAAGCUCACCCAACGGAGGACAUGGGAGACGUAUGCUGCGUACGUGUGCAUAACCUUCGGUUGCAUUGUCAUGGGAAUCAGCGUCUUACUUGCUAGUGCUAAGAUGGUCAGAGGCGAGGGGGGUACACAGAGUUGCUAG